GGUGGGCGCCGCGCUGCGCGCGUCCGUGGAGCCAGAAGCGGCCGAGGACGAAGGCAUUCCGGGGCCGGCGCGGCUGCCCUGCCCGCUGGCCAUGUGGGAGCUGGGCCACUGCGACCCCCGGCGCUGCACGGGCCGCAAGCUGGCCCGCCUGGGUCUGGUGCGCUGCCUGCGUCUGGGCCACAGGUUUGGCGGCUUGGUACUCAGCCCCGUGGGCUCCCAGUACGUGUCCCCCGCGGACAGACAGCUGGUGGCACAGUGUGGGGUCGCUGUCAUCGACUGCUCCUGGGCCCGCCUGGAUGAGACACCGUUUGGGAAGAUGCGAGGGAGCCACUUGCGGCUGCUGCCCCAUCUGGUAGCGGCCAACCCCGUGAACUACGGCCGGCCCUGCAAACUGUCAUGCGUGGAGGCUUUCGCCGCCACCUUCUGCAUCCUGGGCUUCUCGGACCUUGCUGUCAUUUUGCUGCGGAAGUUCAAAUGGGGCAAGGGCUUCUUGGACCUGAACCGCCAGCUCCUGGACAAGUACGCGGCCUGCAGCGGCCCCGAGGAGGUGCUGCGGGCGGAGCAGGAGUUCCUGGCCUGCGCCAGGGAGCGCCCCGGGGAGGAGGACCUCGAUCCUUUUGAUGUGGAUUCUGGGCGAGAGUGUGCAAACCCCAACAGGCCGGUGGCUGGCACCUGGCCGCUGACAGACAGCGGCGACAGCAGCAGUGAGGAUGAGUCUACGGAGCGUGGGCCUGACGCCGAGGGUGGACGAGAUGGCAGCCGCUGCCCGGAAGAGGACCCUCUGGGGCAAGGGGCAGAGGCGAGGGCCCCCGCAGAAGUUUGGAAAGGAAUCAAGAAACGGCAGAGAGACUAAAGGUUGCAGGCACAUCUAAUUUUUGAGGCGGGGCCAUAAAGAACUCAAGAGAGCAGCAGGACUUGGGGGACCCAGGCAGGCCUGGCAGCCUCUGCCGUCUCCACCCCGAGCAGCGCUGGGCCAUGUCCCCACGCUUCUGACACAGCUGUGCUCCGGAGCCUUCGAGCCCCCCCAGUGAAGCUGCAGGCCAGGAAA